AAAAGGUAAAAAUUGAAUAGAUAUAAUAAUGGAAUAAAAGUGAAUAUGGAAGCAGAAUUGACUUCCACAUAUAUGUUAUAAAUGCUUGUUUUGUAAUAAUAAUUAUACGUGUAUUAUGUUUAUAUCACGUUUAUAAGGACUUGGAUAUUCAUAGAUUAUAUAUAUAUAUAUAUAUAUGUUUGGUUAAAAAUUAAGAAUGAGUAGCAAAGAAAGUAAUGAAAGCAAGUGCGAGAGAAGCUCGAGAAGUAGUAAACGUAGACACAGAAUGAAGGAACAAGAGCAAACUAUUAACAGCGAUGGAUCUGAUAAUAAGUUAAAGAGAAGAAGCGCGUGCAGUAAAGAUAAAAGGAAAAAGUCAAGACGCAGAAGUAGCUCGAGUAGUUCUAGUUCUUCCAGUACUUCCAGUCACGAUGCUAAAUUGCAAAAGAUGAAGAAAAAAAAUAAAGAUUGUGAUGAGCGCACAUUUAAAGAGUAUAAAAAUGGAAUUGCUGUACCGCAAAGAAUGGACAGGUCUAUAAACAACUAUAAAAGUUUAAGGAAUUACAAUAUGUUCUCACAUAAUUUCAGAGAACGCGGUGGUAAUACAGGUACGAGAGGAUCAUAUAAAUAUGGAAGAUUUUAUAAUAGAAAUAGAAGAAUACCGUAUAACAAUUAUCAAUACUAUAGGCGUAAUAAUGAGGGAAGGAGUUAUUAUACGCAUUACAAUAAUAGAGUACCUAAUUACAAUAGAUCAUCGCGAAAUAAUCAGGAUUUAAAUAUUGAUUAUCACAGAAAUUCAAACAAGGAUGCAUCUAAUCAAUUUGUGGGAGAAAGUAAUUCUAGAGACAGCAAUUCCAAACAAGAUAAAUGUUCAUUGAAAAUAGACAAAAUACAUAAUAUCAAAACCAAUGUUGUAGAUCCUUCGCAUACAAAGAUUAGAGAAAAGAGAAAAGCUGAUUGUUUGGAGAGAAAGUCUGAUCAUCGUACUCAAAAAAAGAGGAAAAGAAGAUCUUCCUCCUCUUCUUCCAGUUCAUCCAGUACAAGUAGUACUAGCAGUGUUAGUAGCAGUACCAGCAGUACCAGCAGUACUACCAGUAGUAGUAGCACCAGUAGUUCUAAUAGUACCAGCAGUUCUUCUGAUUCUUCUGAAGAUGAAAGAAAACGUCAAAAGCUGAAAAAAAAAGCUAAAAGAGUGAAAAAAAAUGUGAAAAAGCAUAGGAAGAAGAGAAAGUUAAAGAAAAAUUCGAAGAAGAAGUUGAAAAAAUCCUUGGCUACUGAAAGUAAAAAACGUACUUCUGAAAAAACUAAAGAUACUCUUACGGAAAUGCCACCACCUGAAAUAUCAGAGAAAGCCAAACUAAUGGCUCCUAUUACAAAAGAAGAAUGGGAAAAAAAACAAAAUUUGAUACGCAGGGUAUACGAUGAGGAAACAGGAAGAUAUAGAUUAAUUAAAGGAGAAGGUGAAAUAAUAGAAGAAAUUGUUAGCCGAGAACGUCAUAAGGAAAUAAACAGACAAGCUACCAAAGGAGACGGAGAUUACUUUCAAGCGCGAUUAAAAGGAAACAUUUUGUGAAUUAUUUUUAUAUAUAUAUAAAAGUUAUGCUUUUUAAAUAAUUAUUAAGUUAUUGUGAACGUCAGUAUCCUGUAUUAUUAUUAAAUCUCUAUUAUUAUAUCUAUUUUGUAAUGUUUCAACAAAAUAGCUUACAAUCUAAGAUACUUUAACACGUGUUUAGACAAAUCUUGUAGAUGAUAAUAAAAUUAUGAAAUAAUAUCUUGUCUGAACUAUACUUUAAUAAAGGAAAACUUAUGUUAUUAAAUAUUGAAAAUAUUAAGAAUGCUUUUUUUUUUUUUCAUUCAGUUACUAAUAACAUUACAACACAAUAACAACAACAGCUAUUUGCCAUAUAUGCAUAUUCUUUAAUUUUUUCU